CAACUUCGUAAGGAAGAGAAAGGGAGAGUAAGGGAUACCUAGUGAACCGUAUGAGUUGCUGAUCCUAGGUUGCUGCAACCCGAGUGAUGACCUUGGACGAUGAUCACGGGCAAGAAUGGCAGAAGAGAAUCAACGCCAAGAGAUCGGCGCCGCAGCCCAUUGAACUGCAACAAAUUUCACGAACGGAGGGAAGAGAUCCCGGACGAGCUCAAGAGUAUGCUUAAGGACAUCGACGGCCGUCUUUCGCGGGGCAUUCGCGUCAUAUCCAACGAAUAUGAGGAUGAGAUUGCAGGCAUCAAAACAGGCGCCCUUGGAGCCAUCAACGCCUACGAUUUCGUCUACGCUGAUCCGGACGACCUGCCUGGCCCCUCUCCGACUCCACAACAAUGCGCAAAGGCUGUGUGGCUAGCCGCGCGGUGCGAAAGAAAGGGUUGUAGCGAAGCCGCUUGGAACAGUAGUGUGCACAAUUACAUACUUGACCUGGCGCUAUACACUAAGCCUUUUAUAGAUCGAGUGUACUUUGUCAACUGUACAUCUGCGCAAAUCGCCCCGUCCUCCCUAAUUCCACCCAGCGACCCUUGA